UGGUGUCUCGGCUCGAGCGCGGGGAACUACGUGGUGGCAGCAGCUCGCGCUGGGUGUCUCGCGGCGACAGUGGUUCCCAGAAGAAGGACACGGACGGCGCGGGACUAAGAAGAAAGGCAUCUCCCUGGGCAGCCAGAGCCGCAAAGGUGGAGCCGCGUUGGCGCCCGCCGCGGGACCUGCGCCUCGGAUGCGGGCGGAGCGCGGGGGGCCGCGGCGGCGGGAGCGCGAAGCGGGGGGCCCGGGGGACCUCAUGUGAGAGUCGCGGGACCAGCCGCCACCGCCGCCGUUCCCGGAGCCCGGGGUGGUGUGUGGGGGAAGCCGCCUCCGGCAGCAGGAUGAAACGAGGAAGAAGAGACAGUGACCACACCCCAUCAGAAGAUACUGAAGAGAAAGUCAAGAAGCUGAGGACUACAAAUGAGCAUACUCACACUUGUGAUUGGGGUAAUCUCCUUCAGGACAUUAUUCUCCAAGUAUUUAAGUAUUUGCCUCUUCUUGACCGGGCUCAUGCUUCCCAAGUUUGCCGUAACUGGAACCAGGUAUUUCAUAUGCCUGACUUGUGGAGAUGUUUUGAAUUUGAAUUGAACCAGCCAGCUACAUCUUACUUGAAAGCUACACAUCCAGAGCUGAUCAAACAGAUUAUUAAGAGACAUUCAAAUCAUCUACAAUAUGUCAGCUUCAAGGUGGACAGCAGCAAGGAGUCAGCUGAAGCAGCUUGUGAUAUAUUAUCACAACUUGUGAAUUGCUCUUUAAAAACACUUGGACUUAUUUCAACUGCUCGGCCAAGUUUUAUGGAUUUGCCAAAGUCUCACUUUAUCUCUGCACUGACGGUUGUUUUUGUAAAUUCCAAAUCCUUGUCCUCGCUUAAGAUAGAUGAUACGCCAGUAGAUGAUCCAUCCCUCAAAGUGCUGGUAGCCAACAAUAGUGAUACGCUCAAGCUGCUAAAGAUGAGCAGCUGUCCUCAUGUCUCUCCAGCAGGUAUCCUUUGUGUGGCUGAUCAGUGUCAUGGUUUACGUGAACUGGCCCUGAACUACCACUUGUUAAGUGAUGAAUUGCUACUUGCUUUAUCUUCUGAAAAACAUGUUCGAUUAGAACAUUUGCGCAUUGAUGUAGUCAGUGAGAAUCCUGGACAGACACACUUUCAUACUAUUCAGAAGAGCAGCUGGGAUGCUUUCAUCAGACAUUCACCCAAAGUGAACUUAGUGAUGUAUUUUUUUUUAUAUGAAGAGGAAUUUGAUCCAUUCUUUCGGUACGAAAUACCUGCCACCCAUCUUUACUUCGGGAGAUCAGUAAGCAAAGAUGUACUUGGUCGUGUGGGAAUGACAUGUCCUAGAUUGGUUGAACUAGUAGUCUGUGCUAAUGGAUUACGGCCACUUGAUGAAGAGUUGAUUCGCAUUGCAGAACGUUGCAAAAAUUUAUCUGCUAUUGGACUUGGUGAGUGUGAAGUCUCAUGUAGUGCCUUUGUUGAAUUUGUGAAAAUGUGUGGUGGCCGACUGUCUCAGUUAUCCAUUAUGGAAGAAGUAUUAAUUCCUGACCAAAAGUAUAGUUUGGAGCAGAUUCACUGGGAAGUGUCCAAACACCUUGGCAGGGUGUGGUUUCCAGACAUGAUGCCCACUUGGUAGAAGCCGAAUGUACAGAGCAUGAUAUCACCUUCACUUAAAACAUAACUGUAUUAUAUUAAAGUUUUUCCUAUAGUUCUGGUGUUACUUUAUUUUGUAGCACAGAAAUUUGAUAAUCUGAAUUACAUCUAUAAGGAUCAUUUUUUGGAAGACCAGUGCAACAGUUUUGGUCAGAAAAUUUCAUGUUUUAGAUUAGUCAGCAAUCAAAACUCAGAAAAAAAUAUAUGGCUCAGAUCUGAGUGUUAUAAGAUUAAACACUUUGUAGUCAGAAGGAGACAAAACAUAUUAUCCAAGAAGUGAGUAUUAAUAGGUUUUCUAAAAUGUUAUGUUCUCUAUGCAUUUUUUAAAAAUGUAAACUUGACAUUUUAGGGUUUUCAAUUCUACUCACACCUGUUAUAAGGUGUUUAAUAUAGCUCAGGAAAGUGAGCAUUUUUUUUUUUUUGAGAAAAAAUGUAAGGGUGUGUAUUGUAUUUAAUAAAGGCAAUUGUUCUAAAAUGUUACUAUUUAAAAAGGUAUAUAUAUGUAAUUGGAACACAGGAAAUUGAUAAAUGCCAAACAAUGAUCAUAGAAGAGUAAUAAACAGCUAGAUCAAAUUAAAAGAAAAUGAAAUAGAAAGGAGGCAUUUUUAACUUUGUAUAAACUUCUGGUUUGCACUGUAAUCCACUAAACCAUGUAUAAUAUGUUACUAUAUUUGUGGCACUGGAGGCAGCAUUUGUUAUAUAAGGAAUGCUUUACCGGUUUUCCUGACCUUUUUCAAAUUAGUUUUGAAAAAUCACAAUAAUUGAAAUGAAAAGCUUAAUCUAAUUUAAAAAGCCAAUUGAAAUAAUUAAAGGUAGAAUUUAAAAUGUUUUGUUGUUCCUAUGAAGGGAGAUGAUUCUUCUGUGAAUUUUAGUGAUGGCUCAUUUUUCCAUUUUGGAAUUAAUAGUUAUAUAAGUAGAAUUUUCAAAAAUCUUAAAAAGCUCCAAUGUACAAAUCAAUGUAAGUAAACUUAAAAGGUGAUGUAUUUAUGUUCAUAAUCAUUUCAGAUUAAAUUUUGCUCAAUGGGCUGCAAAAUUUUAAUAGAAAAAUAUUUGCAGUUUUGUGGAUGUUAAUUGAAAAUGGUAUUCUACAUUAUUUAAGUUUAGGUAGCAUUUUUAUUACUUUCACAUAAAUAAAAGCAAUCUAUAUGUUGUAUAAUCUGUAAAAGUACUAAGUUCGGGGCUACAUUUAGUUUUUUAAAGUAUAUUAUACAAUUUUUGUUUCUAAGUAUUAGGCCUAGUAGAUACUAUGCUCCUAAGGAAAAGUAGAAGCUAUUUACCUCCAAUGGAAAUAUUAAUGCUUGAAACUUUUAGAAAGUAUCUUGGUAAUUAUGGAAGCUAAUAGUCUUACAGAUAUAUUUUAAAAACAAAUUACCUCCCUAAGAAUAAAAGGUAUUUUUUCUACAUUUUUGCUUUCAAGAUUGAUGUUGGUAUUUUGACCACAUAUGAGAAGAUGAAAGGCUGAAUCUAGACUUGGAAAUUAAAAGUAAUUACUAUAAUAUUUUUCCCUCUUAUUAAACAAUAAUAAGCUUUGAUUGUACAAGAAAUCUCUGUACGCUCUGUACAUGUAUGAACCUUGUUUUCCUUGAACUCUGGGAAAUAGUUUUGAAAGUACAUAAUGUUCUACUAACCAAAGCUUUGUUUGCAAAUUUGCUUUUUGUACAAAUUGAAUUACAUAUUGCUUGAAAUACUUUAAAGUCACUUUACAAGUAAAAUACAUAGAACUUAAUUGUUUAUACUGUAAAGUAAAUGUUAUAUGUUUGUAUGAAUUUGAGAAUAAAGAUAGUUACUAAUGCUACAGUAUUCUGACAGUUUCUAAAAAUUACCCAAACAUAUAUACUUAUUUUAAAACAAGUCAGUAAGUUUGGCUUAUAUAUGUGCGGUUUCAGUUUCAAGCUGAUAUAUAAUAUUUAUUAUUAAAUGUUUAUAGCAGAAUGACUUUUUUGAAAAUACAUGACUAGGCAAGUGUG